GAGGAGGAGGAGGAGGAGGAGGAGGCGGCGCGAGGGCGGGAAGAUACCGCCCGGGCCCAGGUCUGCGCUGCAGGGGGAGGCCCGUCCCAAUCGCAGUCGCCAGCAAUCCGUCGCGCCGCUCGGCGACGAGUUUUCCGGCGCAGUUGGGCGCCACGCGCUGCGAUCCAGCAUUUAAUCGGAGAACAUAUAGUACUAGUAUGUCUCUGUGCGUCCCAUUUAACGUUAGUGUGUCACCCCUGCGUAGUGGUUGCAGCUACCGCCCUACUCUGCCUCCUCGCGCCGCCUCCCACGGCCUCGACAGCCAAAGCCGAACGGCUUUGUGCCGGUGCCCGAAGUCGCCGAAGGGUGCGAUUUUCCUGUCCCUCUGAAGCCUUGAACUCUGCCAGGAGCACCCUGUCGGCUCCAUUGACUUCAGCUGUGUUUCACGAGCACCCCCUUCGGACCGGAGGCAUCUGGCAGCCGAUCAACCAAUGGAAUCCACUGAUGCGCGAGGACAAGCCACAAGUAGAUCAGCUCGGCCAGGCCUCUGUGGGGUGGUCGCUGCUUGCUGGGACCCGCCAGGCGCGGUAG